AUGGAUUACAAAAUGAUGCCUCUUGCUCUAUGCGGUCUAUUCAUGACCUACAUCGUGUAUAUGAUCGUGUACCGCCUCUACUUCCAUCCACUGGCCAGAUUUCCGGGUCCCAAGAUGGCUGCCAUGACAAAGUACUACGAAGGAUUUUAUGAUCUAAUCAAAAGCCCGGGGGGUCAAUUUAUGUAUGAGCUAAACAGAAUGCACAAGCAAUAUGGUCCUAUUGUGAGAAUUAAUCCGGACGAGCUACAUAUCCAGGACUCUGGAUACAUUGAUACGCUUUACUGUGCGCCACUAAAAGGGAAGCGUGAUAAGUAUCCACCAACUGCAAAUAUGGUAGGGACACCGAAGGGAGGUACGUUGGAACUAUCUAGAUUCGCUGAAAUGGUGACAAAGUAG